AUGAAUCAAUCUCAACCUUCAAUACCUCAACCUCUGGUCCCUCAACCUUUGAUACCUCAAUCUUUAAUACCUCUGGUACCUCAACCUUUGAUACCUCAACCUUUAAUACCUCUGGUACCUCAACCUUUGAUACCUCAACCUUUAACACCACAACCUCUGGUACCUCAACCGUUAAUACCUCAAAACGCUGUAAAUUCAUCAUUUGAUAAUCUUAGUGCUGAAAAAAAAUAUGAAAAUUUAACUAAAG